CUUCAUACGGUUAAAACCCUAAACCCCGUCACUGCCACCUGGAGACGCCACCAUGCGCCAUCUUCUAACUACCCUUCGCCACCAACAGUACCGGCGGUGUCUCUGCUACAUCUCAAUCCUCUUUCCCUCCCUCCGUUUGGUCCACUAUAAGCCCCAAAAACCCCAACCACCUCCAUCCCCACCCAAACCGCCAAAACCACCCCAAAAACCAGUUACCUUCACACUCCACAACGAGUCUUGGGAAGAUCCAUACAGUUGGAUGUCCCAACUCAACGAUAAAGUAGCCAUGCGUCACAUGGAUGUCUACAUGGAGCAAGAGGAGAAGUACACCGAGGCCGUCUUGUCCGACACCGAACGCCUCCAAUCGAAGCUCCAAUCUGAGAUGGCCUCGCGUAUGGCCUCGGACCUCUCCACCCCUCCCCUCCGUUGGGGCCCAUGGUUGUACUAUAGGCGGGUUGAAGAAGGCAAGCAAUAUCCUGUGCUAUGUAGGAGAUUAGCUAGCUUGAAUGAAGAGUUCAUUUCGAAUAAAUCUCCAUCAACUGGGUUUGAUUUUUCUUCCGGCAAGAGAAUCGAGCACAAGCUGCUAGAUUACAAUCAAGAAGCCGAAAGAUUUGGAGGUUAUGCUUACGAGGAAUUAUCCGAGGUGUCUCCAGAUCACAGAUAUCUUGCAUACACUAUGUAUGAUAAGGACAAAGAUUAUUUUAAAUUAUCUGUAAGGGAUUUGAAUUUUGGUUCAUUGCUUGGUAAGCCUCAAGCUGAUAGAGUUUCAAAUUUGGCUUGGGCCAAGGAUGGACAAGCACUGCUUUAUGUCGUUACUGAUCACAAUAAGAGGCCUUGUAGGAUAUAUUGUAGCUUGCUUGGGUCAAAGGAAGGAGAUAUAUUGCUUUUGGAAGAGCCUCAAGAUAAUGUUCAUGUAAACAUAAGACACACCAAGGAUUUUCGGUUUGUGACUGUAAAUAUGUUUUCCACUACAUCUUCAAAGGUGUUUGUAAUAAAUGCAGCUGAUCCUUUGUCUGGCUUGACACUAGUGUGGGAAUGUGAGGGACAAGCUCACUGCAUAGUUGAGCAUCAUCAAGGGUAUCUCUAUCUCUUUACAGAUGCUGCCAGAGAGAGCCAACCUGUUGAUUACCAUUAUAUUCUCCGUAGUCCCGUUGACUCUUCUUCCAGUCCAAGGAAGUGGGAGAAUGUAUUUAUUGAUGACCAAGAAUUUAUUAUUGAGGAUGUUGAUUUCAGUGACUCUUACUUGGUACUUAUUGUAAGGGAAGGACAAAAGUUUAGACUGUGUUCAGUUGCUCUACCUCUGCCAAGUGGGAAGGGAGCAGUUCAUCUCAAAGAACUUAAUCCACAUUUUCUUCCUCUUCCAAACUAUGUUUCUCAAAUCUCACCUGGACCAAAUUAUGACUUCUAUUCCUCAACCAUGCGCUUCACAAUAUCAUCACCAGUGAUGCCUGAUGCUGUGGUUGAUUAUGACUUAUCAAAUGGAAAAUGGAAUAUGAUUCAGCAGCAAAAUAUACUUCAUGAAAGAACACGAAUUUUGUAUGGAUCAGGAUCUUCUGCUGGAACCAACAUGAAGUCAUUGAAUUUGGACUCUAUAGGUGAAGUCAGUUUUGAAGAUGAUCACUUGUGGAAUGAACUCUCUGAAUUUUAUGCUUGUGAACAUUAUGAUAUCUCUGCUUCUGAUGAGGCGGUGGUUCCUUUGACCAUUGUAUAUUCCCGCAAAAGGAAGAAAGAAGCUCAAAAUCCUGGAUUACUUCAUGGGCAUGGAGCUUAUAGUGAAUUACUUGACAAGCGGUGGCGCAGUGAGUUAAAAAGCCUUCUUGACCGUGGUUGGGUUGUUGCAUAUGCUGAUGUUAGGUUUGUUUUUACUUGAACCUUUUUCAAGUUAUAUUAAUUAAAACAAUUGCUUUUUCUUUGUAUUGUUACAGUCUAGUUUUGGUUAAAGAAAUUUGGAUCCUAUAAUUGAUCAAAUGCUGAAUAAAUUUAUCAUUUUAGUAGAAUUAUCAAUUUGGCUACUACUUAACUAUGAUUGUUUGGACGGUCCAACUCUCAGAGGUGGGGGUGGUGGGGGUAAAAAGUGGCAUCAUGAUGGCAGACGUACAAAAAAGCAUAAUUCUAUCGAUGAUUAUAUCUCCUGUGCCAAAUUUCUAAUUGAGAGGGAGAUUGUGCAAGAAAACAAGCUUGCUGGUUGGGGAUACAGUGCUGGAGGACUUUUGGUUGCUUCAGCCAUUAAUUCUUGUCCAGAGUUAUUUCGUGCUGCUGUUCUGAAGGUUUGUUUGAAACUUCAUUCCUGGCUUAAAAUUUUGCUUGCUUCUUCAUGAUGCCUAGUUUAUUCCUGGCUUAAAAUUGAUCAAAUGCUGUCAAAGUCUUGGAUGUACUUAAUUUCAUACAUAUGUUUUCUUUCAAAUGUUUUGAGAUUGUGAAACUUUUUUCCUGUAUUGGGCCGUAGUUUGUUUGUUACAGCUUGGUUGUUAUUUUCUUUAGGUUCCAUUUCUAGAUCCGAGCAACACACUUUGCUAUCCCAUUUUACCUCUUACACCUGUUGACUAUGAAGAGUUUGGUUACCCUGGUGAUAUUGAAGAUUUUCAGGCUAUAAGGAAAUACUCUCCCUACGAUAAUAUCCAGAAGGAUAUUCUUUAUCCAGCUGUUUUGGUAACCUCAUCGUUUAAUACAAGGUUUGGAGUUUGGGAAGCAGCAAAAUGGGUUGCACGUGUACGUGAGCGUUCUGUUUAUGAUCCUAAACGGCCAGUAUUGCUCAAUUUAACCACAGAUAUAGUGGAGGAAAACAGAUAUUUGCAGUGCAAAGAGUCGGCACUUGAGACUGCUUUUCUCAUUAAGGUCAUGGAAUUUUAGAUAUGCACUUUGCAGGCCAAGCUAUACCUGUAUACAUUGAUCCAAGCAAUCUAUAGAAGUGUCUGAUGAUGUAAAUAUGCAAUCACGGAGGAAAAUUUUUGUUCGAACAGAUGAGGAAUCUUCUUUGUGGAGUGUGAAUGCUUUCUACCCUUCUGGAGCGCGCUAUAUUUGCUUCUACAGACCUCAGUUCUCGGUUGCUGGAUGCUUUCUUCAGUCCUUGAGGUCGUAGUUUUGUUUUCUGUACAUGUCAAUGUAACUCACUGCUUACCAAAAAACUGCCAUUUUUGGCCAAGAAGAGGUUCUUACAACCUCAUCUAAAGAUAUGUAAUAAAUUCUUAUGUUCAGAACCUUUUCGAUACAAUAUAUGAAAAAUAC